CGAUAUAACUAGUAAUUUAAAAUAAAAAUAUUCUUGUGUACUGUUUUGAAGCCAGAUUGUGUUAUCUCUAACCCUAUAAAUACAUACGUAACAAGUCACUUUGUACAUUUUAUACUUAUACGAAUGUAUUCAUCUUAUUCGUUUAUAAUUGUUAUCAUCAAGUGAUUAUAUAAUAUACAAUUGUUUAAUCAAUUUGAAGAAUAAAUUCUGAUACAUAGGGCAAAUAAAAGUGACAAAAUCAUACUAUUUUAGCAGCUUACAAUAGUUUGUACAUUCAUUUUUCUUUUGAAAUUAUGAAUAAUCCUCCGAUAAUUCCUGAAGUAAUGGAUUCAAUUAAACCUUGGCUAAAAUUCUUAGAGGUAUACAUUAAUGAGCCAUCAAUAAACAAAAGUAUACGACAGAUACAUUACUUAGCAAGUACAUUAACAGAAGACAAUAGGGUAGCUUGGUUAUUAAAAGUGAUAAGUUUCAUUGAUUUAACCACUUUAAGUGCUGGUGAUACAAGCAGCAAUAUGGAGUCUCUGUGUAAAAAGGCUACAAAAAUUGUCAAGGAGCUUCCAUUUGAAUGGAGUAAACCACUUCAUCCAGCGGGUAUAUGCGUUUAUCCUUCUAGAAUAAAAGAUGUACUGGCUAAUUUAAAGAAAUUAAAAAUGUCCAAUACAAUUAAAAUCGCUAGUGUGGCUGCUGGAUUUCCUUCUGGACAAUAUCCUUUAGAGACUCGGCUGCAGGAAGUGCGCUGUGCCAUAGAAUAUGGAGCACAGGAAAUAGAUGUUGUGAUUGAUCGAACAUUAGUCUUAAAUCAUGAAUGGAUAGAACUAUAUAAUGAGCUGGUUGCUAUUCGUAAUGCUUGUGAUAAGAAAAAUAAAAAAAUUUGUUUAAAAGUUAUUCUAUCAACAGGAGAACUAUUUGGCUUGAAAAAUGUAUACAAAGCAUCCAUGAUAGCUAUGUUUGCUGGUGCUGAUUUUAUCAAGACAUCCACAGGAAAAGAGGACAUCAAUGCAACAUUGCCUGUGGGUAUUGUUAUGUGUAGAGCGAUAAAAGAAUAUGAGAGACUGACUUCUAGAAAGGUUGGCUUUAAACCUGCUGGAGGUAUAAAAACUGCACAAAAUGCUCUCGAAUGGAUGGUCUUGGUCAAAGAAGAAUUAGGAUCAGAUUGGUUAACAAACUGUUAUUUUAGAAUUGGUGCAUCCAGUUUGCUGGACGAUAUUAUUAACGAUAUUAAUGAAACAUAUAAUAAUGUAAAAUUACAAAAUUUAUACAAACAAGAAAAUUUAAAAAAUGAAAAUGAAGAAAAAAUUGAAAAAAAACCUAAGUCUAAAAAAGAGAGUUAGAUUGGGUUGGAACAAAUGGAUAAAAUGUUUUUAUA